CCCCUCCCCCUGUGCUGCAGCCCUGGACUGAGUGUCAUCCUCUUCAUCCCCAUCAUCGUAGUCAUACAUGCUCUUACAUGAAGAGGGGGGAGAAACCCGAAGGAUACAGACAGAUGAGACCCAAAACGUUUCCCGCCAGCAACUGCAGCGGCAACAGCCAACAAAUGCUGCAGGAAAUCAGAAACAGCCUGCGGAACUUGUCCAAGCCCUCUGACCCACCUAAAGUGGACAUUGGCGGAGCUGGGAAAAUGCUCUCAGAGGACCCGAGGCAACAGGGGCGCUCCAGCAACCCCAAACACAACUAUCAGAAGGCUUUACAGGAGAUCCGCAAGUCCCUGAUGCCUUUUGCCAAUGAGCCCGGCACUUCAGGCUCUUCAGCAGAGGGGAACAAACACAUGCAGCUGGAGCAGCAGUGCACUGGGUUUGAGGAGCAGCCUAUCAGUCGCAGUAUGGGGGCAACUAUAGACUACAUGGGGAAGGUGACCUACCAGGACUCAAUGAGGGAACAGAUGGUUUCCAACCCCAACACUACAUGCCUGAAAGCCCCAGGUUCUUCUCACAUGCAGCAGGCUGUGCUGCGGCGGCCGAGCUGGAAGGGCUCCAAGGAGUCUUUGGCCCCUCGACACGGCCCCAUCAUGGUGGAUGGAAUUAUUUACCGCUCCGACAGCCCCGGCCCGCCUCCCGCCUUCCCACAGGGUCACCCGGGCAACAGCCAGAGAGUCAACCCUCCCCUGCCGCCUCAGGUGCGCAGCGUCACACCUCCACCGAACCGGGGUCCCAUGCCUCCCGCUCCAUCCUGGGACAACAACCCGUCAACCAAGCGCUACUCCGGUAACAUGGAAUAUCUCGUGCCUCGCAUCUCUCCGGUACCUCAGGGGGCCUGGCCUGAUGUGUACCCAGCUCCCGCCCCUCAGAAUCAGCGAGGCAUCAGCCCCGUGCCUGUGGGUCACCAGCCUAUCAUCAUGCAGAGCUCCGGGGGGAAUAAGUUUAGCUUUCCACCCAGCUGGUCUCAGAAUAGCUCUCCUCAGCCAGAUUACAUGGCAGGGGGGAACAGGCAGCCUCCUCCCCCCUACCCGGUCAACCAGAGCAACCGGCACAGUCCCACUGACCAGCAGAUGCAGACAGGAGGACCGGCGUCCUCUCCGUCUUACGUCAACGGCGGGAACAUCCCUCAGUCUAUGAUGGUCCCCAACCGAAACAGCCACAACCUCGACAUGUACAACAUAGCUCCUCCUCAGUCCUGGUCCCCCAACCAGCCCCCGUCUUCCUCCGGCAACAGCAGCAACCAGGACCUGUCCCCGUCGUGGCAGCACAACAUGCCGGUGCGCUCCAACUCCUUCAACAACCACCAGCUGAACGGCAGACAGGCGCACCCGGCCAACUCGCAGCCCUCCGCCACCACCGUCACCGCCAUCACGCAGGCUCCCAUCCUGCAGCCGGUCAAAAGCAUGCGCGUCCAGAAACCCGAGCUGCACACCGCCGUCGCCCCCACGCACCCCCCGUGGAUGCAGCAGGCUCCGCCACCUCAAGCCGCACCAGCCUACCCAGAACCUCCAGCCCCCGUCCCUCAGAUUCCCGUAGUAGCAGAAGUACCCAGCUACCAGGGGCCUCCUCCGCCCUACCCGAAGCGCCUCCGUCAACAGCAAGCAGGGCCCUCCCCGCCUGCGUACGACCCGGGGGUUAAUAGGAGGGAGGAGCCCGCUGAAGAGGAGGCGGGCGGCGGUGGAGACAAUGCACGAGAGAAGCCGGCAGAGAAUCCAGAAAACACAGCGGCCACAGAGAAGGAGAAGGAGAAGAAGCAGAUCACGACGUCGCCCGUUCCCGUGAGGCGCAACAAGAAAGACGAGGAGCCGAGGGGAGAGUCUGGCAGGAUCGCUCUGUACUCCCCCCAGGCUUUCAAGUUCUUCAUGGAGCAGCACGUAGAGAACAUCCUGAAGAACCACCAGCAGAGGAUCAGACGGAGGAAACAGCUGGAGAGCGAGAUGCAGAGGGUGGGUUUGUCUUCAGAAGCUCAAGAGCAGAUGCGUAUGAUGCUCUGCCAGAAAGAGUCCAACUACAUCCGGCUAAAGCGAGCCAAGAUGGAUAAAUGCAUGUUCAAACGAAUCAAGACCCUCGGCAUCGGGGCCUUCGGCGAGGUGUGCCUGGCCAGAAAAGAGGACACAGGAGCGCUCUACGCCAUGAAGACGCUCCGUAAGAAAGACGUGCUGCUGAGGAACCAGGUGGCCCACGUCAAAGCCGAGAGGGACAUCCUGGCCGAGGCCGACAACGAGUGGGUGGUGCGUCUCUACUACUCCUUCCAAGACAGAGACAACCUAUACUUCGUGAUGGAGUACAUCCCCGGAGGAGACAUGAUGAGCCUCCUCAUCCGGCUCGGCAUCUUCAAAGAAGAGCUGGCGCAUUUCUACAUCGCCGAGCUCACCUGCGCUGUGGAGAGCGUCCACAAGAUGGGCUUCAUUCACCGAGACAUCAAGCCAGACAACAUCCUCAUAGACCGAGACGGACACAUUAAGCUGACCGACUUCGGCCUGUGCACUGGCUUCCGCUGGACGCACGACUCCAAGUAUUACCAGAGUGGGGACCAUGUGAGGCAGGACAGCAUGGACUUCAGUAAGGAAUGGGAGGAUCCGACCAACUGUCGCUGCACAGACCGUCUGAAGCCUCUGGAGAGAAGGAAGGCCAGGCAGCACCAGCGCUGUCUGGCCCACUCACUGGUGGGGACGCCUAACUACAUUGCACCAGAAGUGCUCCUGCGUACAGGAUACACCCAGCUAUGUGAUUGGUGGAGUGUUGGUGUCAUCUUAUAUGAGAUGGUUGUAGGACAGCCUCCCUUCUUGGCGACCACGCCCCUGGAGACACAGCUGAAGGUGAUAAACUGGAAGAGCACGCUGCACAUUCCCCCACCGGCCAAGCUCAGCCCCGAGGCAUCCGACCUCAUCGUCAAACUGUGCCGCGGCCCCGAAGACCGCCUGGGCAAGAACGGCACGGACGAGAUCAAAGCUCACCCUUUCUUCAAGAACAUCGACUUCUCCAGCGACCAGAGGCAGCAGGCGGCGCCCUACGUCCCCACCAUCGCCCACUCCACGGACACCUCCAACUUCGACCCCGUGGACCCAGAUAAGCUGUGGAGCAGCGACAGCGACAGCGAGGACAACCUCAACGACACGCUCAACUGCUGGUUCCGCAACGGCAAGCACCCCGAGCACGCCUUCUACGAGUUCACCUUCCGACGCUUCUUCGAUGACAACGGCCACCCGUACAGCUGCCCCAAACCCAUCGAGUACGACGGCCUCAACGAGGACGAGGCGGACCCCGAGGGCCCGGCGCAGGAGGCGCCCGGCGGUCAGGCUGCACAGGGCCGAGACUUGGUGUACGUGUAGCGGGCGAGGCUCACGCUUGUACAUAAGGAGCCUGUGGAGGGUGUUUGUGUGUGUGAAGGGGGGGUUCAGCAUUUAAAACAUCAACAUAGGAAACAAAGUAUGUUAGUAGGAGCAGUCAGAGCGCUCUGCAGCACUCCAGAUCCAACUGCGUCAAGCCUGAGCUGCUCUGAUAUUUACCAGAGCAGCUUCAAAUACACUAAUGACUGUAUAUAUAAAUGCCUGUUUUUAUUGGCUUUUAACUUUAAUAUGUAAUGAAACAGCUGAUUAGUUACAGGGCUGCAACUAAUGAUUUUUAUUCUAGGUAAAAAUGUCAAAAAAGGUGAAAAAUGUAGAUCGCUGCUUCUUAAAACCCACAAUUUACUGUCAUAGAAAAGCAGAAGCUGGACAUUUUUUCUAAGAAAUUGACUGAUUAGAAAUGAUGAAUUGAUCAUAAAAUUAUCUUCUUAAUUUAAGGUAGCAAUUAAUGGAUUAAUUAUCUAAUAAUUGCAGCUCUAAGUUAUUAGACUUACAGUGAAAACUGUAAAGAAACAGAAGCAAACCUCUCCUCCUACUCUCUAAUUCUUUUGAAGAGACAAAUUCAUUCUAUAAUUAGUCUCAUUUACAUAUUCUUCUGUUUCUGCUGUCAGUCAGUGGAACAAAUAAAAAAAAAAAUCUAAGUGAUUUAAUCUUUGUUCAUAUGCUGAUCAUCGUCUGCUUAAUUACAACAACUGUGCUGCUGAUCCAGAGCUGAAAGCUUUAGUUGAUUUAUAGACUACAGAACAAUCAGUAGCAACUAUUUUUAUGAUUAAGUAACGGUUAUAGUCUAUUUUUCUUUUCUUUCUUUUUUUUAAAUCAAAACAUUGCUGCUUAAUGUGAGGAUUUAAUGCUGCUUCAUUAUGUUAUUAAACCUUUGAGAUUAUAACUGUUAAUAGGAUAAAAUAAACAGUUUUUAAUUUAAUCCACAAUCAAGAUAAUCUUAUGUUGCAGCCCAGGUGUGAUUGGCUAUAUUAACAUCUAAAAUAAGUGAAAGCCACAAAGCAUCUAAAUGAGCUUAUAAACCAUGAAACAUAUCAGUAAACAGCUCUUAACUACAACAAGAUGAGACACUCUGUUUCUCACAUGUUUAAGACAUUGAGAGCACGACACAGCUGGAUCUGCUGUACGACGUGCGCUGCCUGAACAUCCGACAGUCACAGAAAGCUCUUUGCAGAAACCCCCUUAAAGCCUUAAUUUAUUGAAGAAACUGUAAGUGGUGAUGCUAGUGUGUAGAUGCUGUUUGAGUGUGGGAAUUCUCAUUUAUCGGAAAACAAAUCGUCUUAAUUUAUAUUUUAAUGUCUGUUGCGAUGGGGAUUUUUUAGUGAUGUGACUCCUAGAAAUUUGCAGGGAUAAAUUGCUCUAAUUAUUCAUUGCUGUGCCUUUUUUUUUUUUUUUUUGUUAUCUUUCACCAAAUAUACAGAGGGUAAAUAAUCAGACUGGCAUUUUAAAAUGAGAGUAGAAGUAGCUGAUUGAACUACGGUAGCUUUUUGUUGUUUUAUUUUUCUAAUUUAUACCUAAAAAUGUAUUUAUAAAUUAAGUUGUAUAGAGUUGAUGUAAAUAUUGUUCUCUUCCCUGUCGCAGUUUUUUUUUUUUUUUUUUUUUUUUUUUAGGGCAGGCCCUCUUCAGUGUCCUCUGCUGCCUUCUGUUAAUAUGUUGUGUACUUUCUGUCUGUCAAACAUCUAAAAAUAGCUACAACACUAACUCACAGGACUCUAAUAGAACAACUUUUUGCUCGUCUCUCAACCAAAGCACUAAAUAGAACAUUUACUUAGAAGAUAAUGUUCACAAGACCAUGAAAGUAGCUUUUCUUGGCUUAUACACUAUCAAUGAGAAACACCUUGCUUUUAGGCUCCUAACCACUUCAUCCUAAAGUGCUCUACAUUGUGUGCACGGACCUUCCUUACUUUCCACUUACUUUCUUAUUUCCCGUCUUUUAGGAACACUACGGCCGACAGUUUUUGGGGGUUUUUUUGUGUACUGAAAGUAAAAAACUGGAUUAAUGGACUUCUAUGUGAUAAAUUUUUGUAACCCGCUGUACUUUGUGUGCGUGUGUGUGUGUUUGUGUGCGUGUGUGUGCGUGUGUGUGUGUGUGCACGUUAGGAAAGCUCUCUGAAUGUAGACUUAAUGGACUUAAUGGUGACCACUGGCGUCCUGCACUGGUUUUGCGUUGUCAUGUUAAGUGAGAGAAUUUUAUUUUUGUGUACGUUGUUGCUCUGGGAGGUUUGGUACAGGGAAGAGUGAUAAAUAAAGAAUGUAAAGAAGAAAACAUGUUUCACAUGCACAACAA